AAGCGGAAGCGGAAGCAGAAGAGGAGACAAUACAGACGGCAAAAAGGCGCCAAGUCGCCAACCACCCAACCGUCUCCACUUCCUUCUCCCCGCGCCAAAUUCCGCCUCUCUCGCCGCCGCCGGCCGCCGCACGUGCGCCUCCACCUCCACCUCCUCUCCAUUGCCACCGCGCUGAACAAAAUUGGCGGAGUCGCGGGGGAGGAGGAGGAAUGCGAGGGCAAUAGAAAAAUCCGCGCGCAGCUGUCACGGCGGAUUAGUUUAAUCCCGUUCGUGGCGAGGAGGAGGAGGAGGGGGAGGGGGAGGUGAGGGGGGGUGGGGCGUGGCUAAUGGCCGGGUCCUCCUCGUCUGGCUCGCAGUGCAGACCGCGCCCCGGGUUUGAGGGGGGGACGCCCGCGCCGCGCCCGCGCAGCCGCGCUUGCUGGCUCCGGCCUUCUCGCCGCCGGGUUGGGGGAGUGGUUGGGGAGCCGUUGGACUUGGGUUCCUGGCUGGGGUUUUAGCCUUUUAGGAUCCUCUGGGGUUUGCAGCGUGGGUGGGUGUCUCGCUCGCUCUUGGGGCGGGGAGGAGCUGAGGAAGAUCGAGCGGGAGGGUUUCUUCGGCGGGGGGCCUCGCCGGAUUUGUCGCCGGUGCCGGAGGCGACGAGUGCGUGGCUUGGUAUUGGAAAAGGAGAGGCUUCCGUUUUAGCUUUGACUUGAAAGGGAAUGGCCUUCCCAGAUGAUGAAAAGAUGAAGGGUUGCCGGCCAAAGCUUUUUGGAACAAAAGAUAAGAAAGUUGUGAAGAGGACAGAUGGCCAAAGCUGCUCAACAGUUAAGUCUGGGCCCAGUUCCUCAAAGUCACAAUCUUCAUCUCCCUUCAGAACACUUUCAGAAGUUAGGAGCAUACGUCUCAGCCAUUUACUUGGUCACACCUCAAAUACUACUAAAACUGAACCUUUCAGGAUAUUUGUAUCUACAUGGAAUGUUGGAGGAAACACUCCUACUGCUGAGCUGAACCUGGAUGAGUUCCUUCCUGCUGAUGACAAUUCAGAUAUUUAUGUUUUAGGUUUUCAAGAAAUUGUCCCUCUCAAUGCUGGUAAUGUGCUUGUGGUUGAAGACAACGAACCAGCUUCAAGAUGGCUUGCUCUUAUAAACCGAACACUAAACAUACCAGUUGACAGUAAUGCUGAUAUCUUCCAGCACAAGCCAUCUUCUUCCCUUGAUUCAACCUCGUCUCUGUCUUCAUCGAACCUUGAUGCUUCAUUCUCCAGCCACUCAAGAACACCUAAUGGCAGUUCUGCAAUCUUUCAGAAGUCCUCCUUGAAGUCUAUCAGGAAACCUUACAUGCCAACCCAGAGAAAACUGCUCAAACUCUGCAACUGUUCAGUUGAGAUGACCAGGAAGUCGUACAAAGAUGCUUGCUUUGGAUGUCCACAAGCAUAUGCUAAUGAGACGGACUCUUCAGAAGAGGAUGAUACAGAUGACAGAUCAAAUGAUACUUGUGGUUAUUUAGUUGAUGGAAUGAGUUCUGCUGCCUCUGCCUCCAGGGAUCAGUUAAAAUACAAUCUCAUAUCAUGCAAACGAAUGGUUGGGAUUUUUAUCACAGUGUGGGCAAAGAAAGAACUGGUGCAUCAUAUAGGCCAUGUGAGAACGUCUUGUGUAGGUCGUGGAAUAAUGGGUUAUCUGGGAAACAAGGGAUGUAUAUCUGUGAGCAUGACACUGCACCAAACGAGCUUCUGCUUCAUCUGUAGCCAUUUGGCUUCAGGUGAGAAAGAGGGUGAUGAGCUGAGGCGGAAUUUAGAUGUUUUAGAGAUACUGAGGCUCACGCAAUUUCAAAGGAUUUGUAGAGCUGGGCGAAGAAUUCCUGAGAAAAUUCUUGACCAUGAUCGAGUGAUAUGGCUGGGAGAUCUAAACUACCGUAUUUCAUUGAGCUAUGAAGAUACCAAGAAACUUCUUACUGAAAAUAACUGGGAUGCCCUUUUUGAAAAGGAUCAGCUUAACAUUGAGCGCAAGUCUGGAAGGGUGUUUAGGGGUUGGAGUGAGGAGAAGAUAUAUUUUGCUCCUACAUACAAGUACUCUAGUAACUCAGAUUCUUAUGCUGGAGAGACCGCAACAUCAAAGAAAAAGAGGCGAACCCCCGCCUGGUGUGACAGAAUACUAUGGCAUGGAGAUGGUAUUGUGCAGCUGUCCUACUUCCGCGGGGAGUCCAAAUUUUCGGAUCACCGUCCUGUCUGUGGAACAUUUAUUGUUGAUGUUGAAAUACAAGAAAGCAAAUCAAAGAGGCGAUCGUCUAAUACCAACAUCAGAAUAGGUGCUGAAGAACUUUUACCAACGAGUAAAAGUAAGGGUAAUAGAAAUAAGGGCAAUAAAGGUUCUGGAACCUAGACCCCACUGGAAAUUAAAUUGGUUGCAAUAAUGCAAAUUGUAGUAAGAUACUGAAGAAUACGGGCACCUCUAAGUAUUUAUUCUGAAGUAUAUUAUUUUUGUGACAGGAGGAAGGUGAUUACCAAGCCGUACAGAAAAUGUAGUGCAUAUAUACUUUCCAAAGGGAAAGCGAUUAUACUAUAUACUCGAGCAAUUUUCCACAUAUUCUUUUUUGUUGUUGUUGUUAGAACAAGUAUGCUUAUCCAGAAUUCAUUGACCGCCCCCCCCCCCCGGGGGUAUCCGUCUAUUUUUGAACUUCUCUGUAACAAAAUUGUACUGGGAGGAGGCAUAAUUCCAAAAUGUACAUUAUGUUAUGUCCUCACUGUCUUGAUUUGCCGAUUGUUAUUUGACUAGCUCGUGAUUUAUGAAUGGAACACAAGUUUAGAAUAAUUGUAAUGGCUGCUUCAACAGAGUGAUGUC